GCCAACCUCGCUGCUUUGGCGCACUUGGGUUGAGGAGUCCGGUGCCGACUUCUGCGUGAAGCAGGCAGAGCUGGACGCUCAGACUUCCGCAGAGGUUUUGGGCUUGGAGGAGGGCGACGUGCAGAUGACCAAGCCCGAUCGCUUGCGACCGCGGGUGCUGCCCUUGCAUCUCCUGGAAAGGCGGAAUGAGGCCAACAUGGCCCAGCUUUUCGAACUCCUUCGGAAGCUGCCCUCGGCGGUGCAUUUCUACCUGGAGCAGUCGGUGUUCCCCCAGUUUAUGCGCUUCCAAGAUGAGAAGCUGUCGGCUUCCGGUCAGGAUCUGGGAGGCUCCAUCCUCUUUGGGCAGCGCAUCGGAUUCUCCGGAACUCCUUCAGACCUGAUGCCACGAGAGUUGGGGCAGUGCGACUACGAACCAGGGAGCGAAGGGGAGAUGGUCAGCACAAUGACGGACACGCAGGUUGUGACCUUCGAAGCCGUGCAGCCAGGCUGGAAUGUGGAGCUGCUCCUGGACAGCAUCAUCGAAGCUGCGCAUCAGAACCGAUGCAACGCGCUCAUCGACACCGGCGCCUUGAUUACGGGGCUCACCAACCAAGAGGUGGCCGAAUAUCUUCUGGGCUUCGGCAAAGCGCGACAAGCUGCACCAGAAGGCAGUCCAACAGCCAGCCCCACUGGCAGGUCUGGUGUACCUGUGCUCCCCGACUCCAUCGACGGUGUCGUUUUCUUGGACGAUGAUGGUGGAAAGAAGAUCUUGCUCCGCCACACGCGCGAGGUGACGAAGUUGGCCGACAGUGGUGUACCGGCUCAGAAGCGUUUCGCUUUCUACGAUCAGGUCCAUACAACAGGCAUGGACAUUCAACACAAGCUCGAUGCAGUGGCAGCACUCACCUUGGGUAAAGACAUGACGCGGACCUCUCACAAACGCGAUCCACUGUACCUCCACUGCUUGACCAGGCUCCUCCAGGUAAUGUAG